GAUCCUGCAAAAAGUCAGUCUUUAUAUUAACAUAUGCAUUUAUUUUUCUCUGUAUCCGUUUAUUUUUUUAUUUUUUAUAUAACUUGCACACGUUAUAUAUAUAUAUUUUUUUCCAAUGGGCUCCUUUUCAAGGGCCCACAACUACUGGCACAUAUAUUGAUACAACAAAAUCAGUGUGAGGUACAUUGAUCAGACAUUAUUUUGUGCACUUUUUCUCAAUGCAUUUUGGGAAUGAGAAAACACAGAGUUCUGAACAAAAUACCCAAUAUUGAAAUAUUGAAAAUUAAGCGAUAUAGUAACACUUUCCAAUACUGAAGGAUCAACAUAAAUAAUGACAUAAAAUAAUACAAAUUAUAUAAAAAAAACACAUGUACAGCAGUAAAUGCUCUUAAGGGUGUGUUCAAAUUGUAUUUUUGUUUUUAAUCCCUCUUUAUGGUGACACCAACGCAUGGCGCUCACUCUCUUAGCAAAUAAAAUAAGCUCUGUUUUGACAAUGAAAAAACUGCUGACAAUAUAAAAAUACAUGGCAUUGUAGUUCAUUAAAUAAAUCAACAAUUUAUAUAUAUUUUAUAUAUAUAUAUAUAUAAAAUAGCAUAUUGAAAUAUAUAAAAAUAUGCCUAACAACUUCUCGAAAAAGGUAACAGCCAUCAGCAUUCAAGAAUAUUCCACCUCAUGACACAACCAACCACGAUAACCUCACUUAUGUACAAAUAAUCCACGACGUGUGUUUGCGGUCAGUGUCGUAUGAACGAAAAAGGAGUACUUCCCAAAUGUGCACAUUAUGAUAGCGUUUAGAUGUCGAUUACAUGACAAUGUGUACGAUUCAAAAGUAUGCAAGUCUUUGAGGAAAAGAUUCAAGGAAAUUUAGCAAUACUCCAGAAUAAAUUAGACGCGAAGGUAUAUUCCGUUUUCAUUAGUAUAGUUUAGUCAGUGUAUCAUUGGAGAAGGGGAGAGGGGACGUCACCCCAUCUUCUUAAUAGUUAAACAGCCCAUUGAGAAACAAACAUACGUAGGAGUUGUGGCCAGGAAUUAAAUACCUCUCUGUAACAGCUGACCUAUCCCAACUUAAGCUCAUGUGGUGUAGUGGUCAUUUUUUCUGUGUUCUGAUGCUGUUUAUUCGAGUUUAUGGCAGUGAACGUGGUCUGGACGUUCUGAGUGAGGGCCCGUUCCCAUGUGAAGUGGUUUAUCCCUGGUGUGUCCUGGUCAGGCAGUGUCUUGCACCAAGCUGAAGUCAUCCCCUCUCCCUGUACCCCUCCUCUUCCUCCAGGCUCAGAGCUGUGGGGCCGUCGCUCCCCUCACUCUCCAUCACAUGGUAAAAUGCCAUCCUCCCCGGCACGUGAUGGCACGGUGUUGCCCAUCUCGUCGACGCACCAGCAGUGGCCACGCUGCAUGCCCUUAGAAGACCGACACUACAAGACAACAAGAGAUUGUUCUGGCUUUGAACCCACGAGUGUCACAGUUUGGGAUGUAGAUGUCACGAUCGGACUGGAAAAUGGUGAGUUCGAGACCUCGCAAGACAGUGUUGAGCAGCUUACGACAUGGAGCCUGACCUAUGAGAUGGAUGAUAUCAAUUUACACUACAGAUUCCUGAACUGGCGGCGCAGGAUCAGAGAAAUCAGGGAAGUCCGUGCUGUUCGUUAUCAAGAGCGAUACAAACGAAUGUUGAAGAAUGGAGACACGCUAAGUUACCAAGGGAACUCUGAUGAAGUUGGCUGCUACGUGGCUCCACGCCCCUUAUCAAAGGGAAACUGUUACUUCGAGGUGACCAUUAUGGAUACUGGAGUGAGAGGGACAAUUGCUGUUGGGCUGGUUCCCCAGUAUUACAAACUUGACCAUCAGCCUGGCUGGCUUCCACAUUCAAUAGCUUACCAUGCCGAUGAUGGAAAGCUGUACAAUGGCAACCCCGUCGGUCAGCAGUUUGGUCCUAAAUGUAACCGUGGUGACCGAAUUGGUUGCGGUAUCUAUGCAGACACUUUCGAUGCCGGACUCGUCACUGUAUUUUUUACAAAGAAUGGCAAGGAAGUGGGGUCAGUGGUGGUGCCGGUGGCUCCAGAUGGGCUUUUCCCUGCCAUUGGCAUGCACUCCCUCGGUGAGGAGGUACGGUUGGACCUGCAGGCGGAAUGGGGUUCGGAGGAGGAGGACAGCGUCAUGAUGGUGGACAGCCAUGAGGAUGAAUGGGCACGCCUGUAUGAUGUCAGAGUCAGCGGCACGCUUCUGGAAUAUGUCGGGAAAGGGAAGAGCAUCAUGGACGUUGGUCUGGCUCAGGCCCGGCAGCCCCUCACGACACGAAGUCACUACUUUGAAGUGGAGAUCGUGGAUCCCGGAGAGAAGUGCUACAUCGCCCUGGGCCUGGCAAGAAGAGAUUACCCAAAGAACAGGCAUCCAGGAUGGAGUCGAGGUUCUGUUGCAUAUCACGCAGAUGAUGGGAAGAUCUUCCAUGGGAGUGGAGUAGGAGACCAGUUUGGCCCUCGCUGUUUUGAAGGGGACAUCAUGGGCUGUGGAAUAAUGUUUCCUCGAGACUAUGUGCUGGACUAUGAAGAUGAAAUGGACGACUGGGAUGCUGCUGAUGUACGACCAAAGCAGGGGCGUGUCGAAAAUUUACUGUAUUUAAACGAUGAAGACGAGGAAGAGGGAGAUGAUCCAGAACAAGAACACGAGGGCCGAAAGGUUAUGGUGUUCUUCACCCGGAACGGCAAGAUAAUCGGCAGGAGGGAAGUGGUUGUCCCGGCCGGAGGGUUUUACCCCACUAUCGGGAUGCUCAGCAGCGGAGAAAAGGUGAAGGUGGACCUCCAUCCUCUCAGCGGAUAGUAAACGAGUAACUCCACAUCUCCAAACCACAAGCGGAUGGAAAAGACCAAAAAAAAAAAAAAUGAUGCUGAGACUUUUUUUUUUUUUACGUUUCAAGGCACUUCAGAAUGCAAGUUUAACACGUCUAAAACUCCAGUGCAUGUUUCAUCUACAGCGAUCACCUCAGCUUCAAACGGUUUACUGUGAAACCACAUAUUAUAGAGGGGUUUGUGGCAUGAAAUGGUUAAUAUUGGGCCGAAGUAUUGUACGAAGAUACAUUUUGUUUAUUAAAAAUGCAUAGAAAAUAUUAAAUUAUAUAUUUUUAAUGUACGUGUACAUAUGUAAAUUUAUGUAUUGGCUGCUAUACAAACAUUUAUUUAGCAAAAUCAAUCAUGAUAUUAAUAAACAACCAGACACCCUAGAGAAACUUAAAGUUAUGGCAUGAGGGUGGUAAUAAUUAUUAAGAAAUGAUAUAAUCACCGUUUUCCACAAGCACUCCCUCUCGCAAAUGACUUGUGAAGGUGAUGAAAGCAUAUUACGCUUAUUUUUAUUAUUGUGAUUCAUUUUGAAUGUCAUAUUUAAAAAGUGCCAUUUUUCGCUAUUAUUUCUAUCUGAAAAUGAGCGUUUGAAGGGAUGGUGUAAAUUGCAUGGAGUAAUUGCUAAUUGUGACGCCAGCGGAGGCGAGUUGUGUUGUGUAUCAUGCACUCUCAUCCGUCAUCAGGAAACGCAUUCAGCAACUCCAGACCAGAGAGAGAAAGAUCAGAAAAGAACACCCAAUCAGCUGCUUCUUGUUUAUUUGUCUGUGAAUGCAUCUUAAACCAGUUAUGUUUAUUUAGUUCAGGCUUUUCUGUAAAUGUAGAUUUUUACAUCAGUUUGUGGACAUUUUAUCAGAUAUUUCAGGGCAGAUGCCACAUUGGAGUCGGGGAAAAAACGUGGAGCUGUUUAUUCAGGAAUUGUCCACUAUAAUGUGAGCUAGUCUGGUUCACAAAUGCUACAAGCACUUUAGAGACGCCUCAACUUGGGCUGAUAGUCUGAUGGGCGAGCGGCUGUGAUGCUGCGCUCUAGACUACUCAACGGAUGCCAUUUUGCACACCUCGCUCUUGCAAUAAUGCCCUUCCUCAUCUGUCCUGUUACAUAUCACAUAUGGAACAAAACGGUUUCAUAUUACACACUUUGCCAAAUUUAAUGUCAAAUUUUGUCCCUUUCAAUAUAUUUUCUCCUCCGACAUGUCUUCUAAACAAAGUCUUUGAAUGAUAUAAAAUUUUUGGCCCUCAUUUAGGUGCCUCAGUUUCUUAAGUUGCAUCCUAGUUGAAUCUCAGGACGUUGGUUAUGUUCAGAAUGAGAUACUAGUUUACUGCAUACUGCACAGUGUAUACUGUAUGUCUACAAUUUUUUAAGAAUAUGAGAAAUGGUGUAAAAUUGUGGAAGCUUGUUUUGGUCAUGAGAUUUAAAAAAUAAAUAAAUAAAUAAAAGGGGAUUGACUUUUUAUCUCACAAUUCAGACUUUUUUCUUGCAAAGAAGAGUUUAUAUCUCAAAAGUUUUUAUUAAUUUUUUAUUUUUCAGAAUUUCAAGUCGGAAUUACAUAAGAGAAACUCGCAAUUUAAUGAAAAAGUCCAAAUUGAGAUGAAGUUGCAAUUACCUCAUUCAUUUUUAUUUCCAGGGCGGGAGCAAAAAAUAAAAAUAAAAAACAGAGAUGUUAAUACAGAAUUCUGAAGAAAAAGUCAGAAUUGUGAGAUGAAAAUCGUAAUUACCUUUUUCGGUUUUUAAUUUCAUGGCAAAAAACAAUUUUAAGAAGUCAGAAUUCUGUGGGAGAAAGUCAGCAAUCUGAGUUUAUAUCUCAAAAAAAGAAAUUACUUUUUUUUUUUUUUUUUCCUUUGCAGAUUUGGGCUUCCAUACAAAAUGCGAGGAUGACUUGUCACAUAACCUCACCACAUCAUCUUGAAUGCAGAGUUUUUCACAAAAUUGGAUUAAAAACUUGUUAUAAAAUAGCAGUGCGAUCAUAUAAAGUAAUUUAGUGUUCAUUGGCCACUCUGGAAAUGGAAGGUGAAGUUAAGCACAAUGUAUUGUGGGAAACCGUACCCAGUGCACUAUGCACAUUUUGCCAUUUCUAUGCAUAAAUGUUAAUACUAUGCACAGUAUACUGCAGAAAUAAGAAUCGUAUGCUAUUCUGAAUAUAGCCAUAGUCGACAGCUAUUUUUGACAGGAUGCAUGGGGUUUCCAAGCACCUGCAUCAUUGAAUAAGGAGCGUUGAUUUAUUCAUCUGAAAGUCCCUCGGUGAUUUAGAACACCCUGCAUGUUUAUCAUAGACUAUUUUCUGCUACUAUUUUUUUACCUAAAAUACAUUAAAUGAGAAAAAUUGUCAUUCUAAAGAGAAGAAUGGGUGUCACCGUCUACUAAAGCCUUUCCAUUUAGUGGUGAAAUGAAUAUUCCAGAUCAGAUAAUUUAACAUAAAGAAUUGCUUGUGUUCCAGACAUAAAUUGACAGCACAGGGAAGCCAAAACCAAAUACCUCUAUCAGUUAAGCUUAUGCAAAAAGCCAAGCGGUUGUCCUCUCCAAGAUCAUCUGAAUUCCUCCACUGGAAUGUGGUUGCUUGGCGCAUAAAUGGGCGAUGAUCGUUUUGCUUUCACACAGUCUUACUAAAUGCAGACUUGCGUUGAAGAUGUUGAUGUGUUGCUCUAAUUGUAGCAUGCACUCUUUUGCUAAUGUGUACAUAAUAAAGAAACGGUUAUUUCCACACAAAUUUUA